UAUUUUCAAAUAAAUGCUGUGUUUGUUUUCAAAUAGAUGUGAGGAAGAAAAGGAUAUGUCCUUCUUUGUAAAAAUCCUUUAAAACCCACGGAGCGUGAAUAAAAAGCUUUUUAAAUUUCAGAUGGAAAAUGGGCUUUUAUGAUAAUAACAAGGAAGUUUGUGUAUGAAAUAUGUAAUCUAAAAAAAAGAGAACUUAUAGGACAGCCUGGAUGUAAGUUGAAGAUACCGGUAUGUCACCAGCAUCAACUAUAUUUCAGAAAAGAAUAUAUUGAAUCGCUUAUGAUGGAGACAGAGGAAAAGUACACUUUAGGCGAGGCAUUAAAAGGAAUAGAGGUACUUACAAGUAUACCACUCCCCGACCAACAACCAUGUAUAGAGGCCGUGGCCAUCCCUAUACACUAUCAGACGAACUUUGAUACCAACUUUGAAGAUCGAGCAGCUUUUCUUUCCGGGGUAGCAAAAUAUGUGGAGGAGGCUACAGUACAUGCUGAUCUUAACAAGUUGUUGGAUGAAGGAAAAGUUUAUGCAGUGACUAUGUAUACCUGGAGGUGUUGUUCACGUGCCUUCCCGCAGGUAAAGAGUGAUAAUCAGCAAAAUAGAACUGAAAUUUAUCAACAUAUAGUAGACGUACUUGCUCCACGGGUAUCUAAACUGAAAGACUUCAUGUAUUUUAAGAAAACAGCUAUUGAACGUUUUUGUGGUGAGGUAAAGAGAUUAUGUCACAAGGAGAAGAAAAACGACUUUGUAUCCGAGGCUUACCUCGUCACACUUGGCAAAUUCAUCAACAUGUUUGCCGAACUUGAUGAACUGAAAAAUAUGAAAUCAAGUAUAAGGAAUGAUUACGCAUUGUUCAGAAGGACCAGUCAGAUUCUCAACUCUUUGUGUGAUCAGGCGGCCAUCCAAGAAUCGAACAACUUGUCCAUGUUUCUAGCCACACAGAAUAUAAUCCGAGAUACACUGAAAACUACACUUCACACUAUACCAGGAUAUGAGGACCUUUUUGCUGACAUCAUCAAUAUAUGUGUACACAUGUACGAAAGCAAAAUGUACAUUGAUCCCCAUGAAAAGUUUAUGUUUGUGAAGGUAAUCGCAUUCGGUUUAUUCACAAUGGACAACGCUGACAACAGCAUAUACAAAAUGGACCAGAAGAAGAAAAUUAACAUUUCUAAGAUCGACAAAAUUCUAAAACAACUAGAGAUCGUGCCACUUUAUGGUGACAUGCAAGUGUGUCCUUACGAGUAUAUCAAAAGAAGUGAGACAUUUGACCCUUCUAAAUGGCCGAUAUGUGAGUCAAAUGUUGCCAGUCCCCAGUCUGAUAUCCUCCAUAACAUAGAGAAGAUACGUGCAGACCACAUGUCAUAUAUAUCAAAGCUUUCCAUACAUUCUAAUGAGGCGACUACAACAUGUCGUGAGUCAGUUAGAACGGAUGCUGAGAACAAGAGUUUAUAUGACCUGGCACUACAAGGACUUCAGUUGUUGUCCAGAUGGACGCUACAUGUUACAGAAAUGUUUUCCUGGAAGUUGUUGAAUCCCACUGAUCCCCAUAAGAACACUUCGUGUCCUGAGGAGGCUGAAGAAUACGAGAGAGCUACCCGUUAUAACUUCAGUGGAGCGGAGAAGACGGCGAUCAUUGAGGUGAUUGCAAUGAUAAAAGGGUUACAGUUGCUCAUGUUACGUAUAGAGUCAGUGUUCAUGGACGCUAUACGACGCCAUAUUUAUGCGGAGUUACAGGACUUUGUACAAUUGGAAUUACGGGAGCCCAUCAGAAAAUCUAUCAAAAAUGGACACAGUGUUCUAAAAGUUAUACUGUUGGCAGUACGGAGUACGUGUGUAGACUGGCUUGGAGGUCAUGAACCAACCGAUGACCCGGCGAUGAGCGGAAAGAAAUCUCACAACUCGUUUAAUAUCAAAGUUCCUAGACGCAAUGUCGGUCUAUCAACGACGCAGUUGUACAUGGUACGAACAAUGUUAGAAUCACUGAUUGGGGACAAGCAUGCCGGUGUUAACAAAUCAUUCAAAAGUCAUUUGGGACAAAAACAUUCAGCAGCCUUUCAUAGUUUUCAUAACAAGUCCUUUUACUGGAGCAAUAUGUUAAAUCUGAAUGAAUCUCUACACAAUUGCUGUGAUCUGGGACAACUUUGGUACAGAGAAUUCUUCCUUGAGAUGGCCAUGGGAUCGAGAGUGCAGUUUCCGAUAGAAAUGUCUAUGCCAUGGAUAUUGACUGACCAUGUACUAGAAACAAAGGAACCGCACAUGAUAGAGUACAUGCUGUACCCUCUUGACUUGUACAAUGAUAGUGCGACAUACGCUCUCACUGUGUUCCGACAACAAUAUCUCUAUGAUGAAAUAGAAGCUGAGGUGGACCUUUGCUUUGACCAGUUUGUGUAUAAACUAAGUGAUCAAAUAUUUGCCUACUACAAACGACUGGCAGCAUGUUUGAUGUUGGAUAAAACAUACCGUGAUGAAUGUGACAGUCUUGGUAUAGCAGUUAGCCGCCCCAGAGCACAUCGGUACGAGAGCUUACUGAAACAACGACAUGUCCAAGUUCUUGGUCGUUCUAUAGAUCUUAACAAAUUGAUUGCACAAACAAUAAACAGCGUUAUCCAAAACUCUCUAGAUAUAGCCAUUUCAAGGUUUGAAACUGCCGAUCUUACUGGAAUAAUGGAGUUAAAUGGUUUGAUAGAAUGUAACAGGCUCACUCAUAGACUGUUGAAGAAAUUCCUACCACUUGAUGAGUUUGAGGACAUGUUUCGUGAAGCCAACCACACCGUGACAGCACCAUAUGGUCGAAUAACUCUACACGUGUUCUGGGAACUUAACCAUGACUUCUUACCUAAUUACUGCUACAACUCAUCUACUGAAAGAUUUGUGAAGACUGAGAUGGUAGUCAUGCAAGUACCACAGCGAGACAAAUUUGGAAACCCUUCUCCCACAUAUCUUUGGGGUUCACAGAGAUUGACCCAUUCGUUUGGCUGCAUAUACAGUCUUUAUUCUGGCUUUAUCGGAUCACCACAUUUCCGGGUCAUUUGUCGGCUGCUUGGUUAUCAAGAUAUUGCUGUCGUUGUUGAGGAACUUUUGAAAAUUGUGGAAGAUAAGGUGAAAGGUCCUCUGUGCAGCUAUACUACAACUCUUGUUUCAGUCAUGCCUCAUAACUGUCGUCUGCCUCGAAGUGAAUAUGGAUCUUCUGGUGUUACUGAUUACUACCAUCAUCAAUUGUUUGAGAUCAUCCAAUAUUCCGACAAGAGACAAAUGUUCCAAAUUUUCAGAGAAGUUGGCAACGCUAUUCUAUUUUUCCUCGCACUGGAAAAUGCCCUUAACCAAGAGGAGGCGCUCGAUAUUCUACAUGCUGCACCGUUCCAACACAUCAUACCUAAACCAUAUGUAGAUGUCAAAAAAUGUAAGAAUCGAGACGAGGUGGAGGAGAAAAUGGUGUGUAAGAUGAAAGAAAUGGAACAGUCUUGCUUGUCACUGCAUGUACUUGACAUAAUUGAAAAGAAUGGAAACGAAACGCAAAAUGACAUAGUUCGCAUGGGUAAUAAAUUAACCCGAGAGAGACUUUGUAUGGGGUUGUCGAUGUUUGAUGUAAUCUUAAAACGAGUUCAGACGUUUUUUGAGCAUCCAGUAUGGCGAGGACCCACACCAGAUAACGGUGUCAUAAGCGUCGAGAAUAGUAUAGAAUUUCACAGACUGUGGAGUGCUAUACAAUACGUAUUUUGCGUGCCUGACAGGGAAACUGAACAUACCGUCGAGGCGCUGUUUGGAGACAGUUUAAGUUGGGCUGGUUGUGCAAUAAUAGUGUUGUUAGGACAACAGAAAAGAUUUCAAGCACUGGAUUUUUGUUACCACAUUCUGGAGCUGAACAGACUGGAUAAGCAAGAAGAAACCGUAGAAGGAAUUCAACUGAAUAGGAUGAUGAGCCGAGUUUGGAAAUUAAAGUUGUUAAAUAGUCAAAUCUUUGAUGUCUUGAACAAAUAUAUAAAAGGCUGGUCACUCACUGGCAAACACCGCAUUCACUGCUUCGAACCGCCGAAAUAUCAGGCUGGGGUGGAAGACGUAACUGCCAACAGUGCCGUAAACUAGACAGUUAUUAUAAACAAUAUAUAGACCAAAACAUGCGGACAAAUUAGAAACUCUAGGUUUGUGCAAGUCAGUAUUUUGCAUGUCAAGUCUUUUCCUUCAUAUUUUUGUACAGUGAAAUAUCAUUUUGUAAUACAAACAUUUACUUUAUCAUUUGUUGGCAAAAUGAAAGGUAUUUUAUGGAUGUCAGUUACGGCUGAUUUCAUAACUAGAUGUUUUUUUAUAUAAAAAGGCAUUUCACCUUUCUUUCUGUAGUGUGCAAAUUAUAUAUCAAAUAAUAGUACAAAGGACUUGUUACUAGUACUUCAUACAGUUGUUUAUAUAACUUGUUAUUUACUCUAUAAACAAGGAAUAAUAUAGCAGUUGAGAAAUUGUUGUAUCUGUUUUAAAUACCAUUAAACCUUAACCCUUGACCUGCUGAAACAGAAUAUGACAAACCUGUGCCACAAGUACCAGUCCGGCAAGCAUCCACAUCCGUACAUUCUGAUAAGGCUCGAUACUGCUUUGUAUUUUGUAAAUGAAAUCAUUUAAACUUUAAUUGGACUAUUCAAAAUUCAAGCAGGACAAUCCAUGGCACAAGUUCAGCAGGAUAAGGGUUCAAACGGUAUUGAAUGAGGAAAAAUGUGUGUGAAGUCUGUGACCUGUACAAUAUAUGUAUAUAUAUUUAUCUAUGCUAAAAACUAAUGAUUAUAUAUGUUCUGGAAUAAAUUGGAUUAAUUAACCUGGAUGAACGAAAAUUAAAAAUAAAUCUAUAUGA